CUAGAAGAUGGACACACUUUGUUUGACUACAAUGUUGGACUAAAUGACAUAGUUCAGCUUUUGAUACGUUCUGAAUCUGAAGCUCCUACCGCGGCUUCUGUGCCAGAUCAGGAUGGAGACGUAAAUCCCCGUGCUGUUUCCAACUGCAAGAAUAAAGUCAAAAAAACAACCAGUGGAUCACCCAGUCAGCCAUCUACAUCAUCUCGCUCAUUUCUCAUUGAUCCUGGCAUUGGAUUAUACAAGAUAAACGAAUUGGUGGAUGCCCGUGAUGUCAGCAUUGGAGCCUGGUUUGAAGCUCAUAUAGAAAACGUUACUAGAGCAACAAAGGGACAUAAGAAUGGUAAAGCUCAAGGAAAGAGAGGUAACACUUACAAAAGGACUAAUGGAAACUUAAGUCAAGAUCAUUCUAGAGAAAAUGCAAAUAAUUUGGACAGUACGCCAUCCACAUCUUAUUCAGACUGUAUGGACGCUGGUGAAGAAGCUAUUUAUCAUAUCAAGUAUGACGAGUACCCAGAGAAUGGCAUAGUAGAAAUGGACACCAGUAAUCUUCGACCCCGAGCAAGAACCAUUCUGAAGUGGAGUGAACUGAAAGUGGGUGAUGUGGUGAUGGUUAACUACAAUGUUGAGACUCCAGAAGAAAGAGGAUUUUGGUUUGAUGCAGAAAUUACCUCUUUGAGAGAAAUCUCAAGGACUAACAAAGAGGUUCAUGCUAAAAUUCUGCUGGG